CACGCAGCAGGGUUGUGCAAGAGGCAGGCCGUCCUGUGUUUAAUUAAAGCCAUAUUGAGUAACUGUUUAAAUGAAAGAUAAACUUCAGAAGUCUGCAAAAGAGCAGUGAGUGAAGUGACAACUCAAGGCCAGAGCAGACAUGGAUAAACUAAAGUACCUGUCCGGCUUUGACAACGAGUUUGCUUCAGAGGAUCCUCGCUGCCCAGGCGCAUUACCUGAAGGACAGAACAGCCCUCAGGUUUGUCCAUACGGUCUGUACGCAGAACAGCUCUCAGGCUCAGCCUUCACCUGCCCAAGAUCCUCCAACAAGAGAAGCUGGUUGUAUCGUAUUUUACCUUCUGUCCGUCACAAGCCAUUUGUGGCCUACGAGCUGGAAAACUUCACAGACAAAUGGGAUGAGGUGGAACCAGAUCCCAACCAGAUGAGAUGGAAGCCAUUUGAGAUUCCCAAGACCACAGAAAAGAAGCAGGACUUUGUGUCUGGGCUGCGCACACUAUGUGGUGCUGGGGACACCAGGUCGCGCAAUGGGAUUGCUAUCCAUAUCUACACUUGCAACACGUCCAUGACUGGCAGAUGUUUCUAUAAUUCUGAUGGUGAUUUGCUAAUCGUCCCACAGCAAGGGAAUCUGCUAAUCACUACUGAGUUUGGGAAGAUUCUGGUGGAACCUAAUGAGAUAUGUGUUGUGCAGCAAGGGAUGCGAUUCAGUGUGGAGGUGUUCGGAGAGACCAGGGGCUACGUCCUGGAGGUGUAUGGGGUGCACUUCGAACUGCCUGACCUGGGACCUAUUGGGGCCAAUGGACUUGCCAACCCAAGAGAUUUCCUCACCCCUGUGGCUUGGUAUGAAGACCGAACGGUUCCCAGUGGGUACACAGUCAUCAGCAAAUACCAGGGGAAGCUGUUUGCAGCACAGCAGGAUUUCUCUCCAUUUAAUGUGGUUGCCUGGCACGGAAAUUACGUUCCCUACAAGUACAACCUGGACAAUUUCAUGGUUAUCAACUGUGUUGCUUUUGACCAUGCGGAUCCCUCUAUCUUCACAGUUCUGACUGCUAAGUCACUACGACCUGGGGUGGCCAUAGCUGACUUUGUCAUUUUCCCACCACGAUGGGGGGUAGCAGAUCAUACGUUCCGCCCUCCUUAUUACCACAGAAACUGCAUGAGCGAAUUUAUGGGGCUAAUAAAGGGUCGUUAUGAAGCUAAAGAGGAGGGAUUCCAGCCCGGCGGAGGGAGCCUGCACAGUGUGAUGACCCCUCAUGGGCCAGAUGUUGACUGCUUUGAGAAGGCCAUCAAUGCCAAGCUGGAACCAGAGAGGGUGGCUGAUGGCACUAUGGCCUUCAUGUUCGAGUCUUCGCUGAGUAUGUCAGUGACCAGAUGGGGCCUUCAGACCUGCAACCGACUCGAUAAGAAUUACUAUCAGUGCUGGGAGAGUCUAAGAAGUCACUUCAACCCCGCGGAGAAGACAAUCAGCAAAUAAAAUACAGUGACACAAAACCUGCUGGGAGAAGACAACGUGACCCUAUUGGGCUGUGCAGUUUAACCCCCUGCUUGCCAAAGAGGGCUACAACACGUACAUCUAAGUAAUGAAGUGUUCUCUGGAAACACAGGGUUAAUAAAGCUAAGCUCAAAUUACAUUAA